AGCGGGAGCCGAAAGUUAAAGAUGGCGGCGCCCAUCUAGCUCGGAGGCUGUGAGUGACAGCCGUCCUGUUUCUCUGCCCCCCCCUCCCCGCUUGCAGGGUUGCUGAUAUAUGCUGCAAAAUGUGGGUCCUUUGCCAUAGAUCCAUGUUUUCCUCGCAUUGGAGAAGUCAAUUAAAUGAAAGACUAGUUCCAAUUAAAUUGCAGAAGAGGCUAGUACCAAGAUUCAUCAGAUCUAUUUAUAGUGAAACAGGGAAGUGGGAAAAAAACUAUGAAAUGGAAACGAGGAAGAAAGUUGAAAAUUGGUGGCAUUCAAGAAUAAAGGAUGAGUUUAACAGAGCUGCAGAGAAAGAUAAAUCAAGACCAAAGUUUUAUGUCCUGUCAAUGUUUCCAUAUCCAUCGGGAAAGCUGCACAUGGGCCAUGUUCGAGUUUAUACCAUAAGUGAUACAGUAGCAUGGUUUCAGAGAAUGAGAGGAUUUCAGGUGAUAAAUCCAAUGGGAUGGGAUGCAUUUGGAUUACCUGCAGAGAAUGCAGCAAUUGAGCAUGGAUUGCAUCCUGCACAAUGGACGCAAAGUAAUAUUCAGCACAUGCGGGAUCAGUUUGAUGCGUUUGGCUUGUCUUUCAGUUGGGAUCGGGAAAUAACCACUUGUUUGCCAGAGUACUAUAAGUGGACACAAUAUUUGUUUAUUAAACUUCAUGAAGCUGGAUUAGCCUAUCAGAAUGAAGCAAUGGUUAACUGGGAUCCCGUCGACCAGACUGUGCUUGCUAAUGAGCAGGUGGAUGAAAAUGGAUGUUCAUGGCGCUCAGGAGCAAAAGUGGAAAAGAAAUAUCUCAAACAAUGGUUCAUUAAAACAUCUGCCUAUGCAAAGGCCAUGCUUGAUGGUUUGGCAGAUCUCCCGAAGUGGUAUGGCAUAAAGGAAAUGCAAGCCAAUUGGCUCGGGGACUGCACAGGAUGCUAUUUUGAGUUUAUGUUAAAGCUCAAUAACAAACCCACAGGAGAGAAGAUAAUGGCUUAUGCAUAUGCACCUGAAGCCAUAUAUGGUGCAUCCCACAUAUGUAUCUCAUCCAGCCACAGACUAUUACAUGGAAAUAGCUCUCUAAAGGAAGUUUUCCAGAAGGAGUUCAUCCCAGGCAAAGACUGUCUUACUUCAGUGACAGCCAUGAAUUUGCUCACCGGUCAGGAGGUUCCAGUUGUCAUAUCAGCAAACUCUGAAUUUGAAGGCUACCUUGAUACUAAAAUAGGAAUCCCUUGCGUGAGACCAGAGGAUGCUGAAGUUGCUAGGCAUUUGGGUCUGACUUUUCAAGAAGUAAUCGAAACACUGCCCGACAGCUCAGAGAGACUGAUCAACUCUGGAGAGUUCACAGGUAUGAGUAGACAAAAAGCACUCGGCACCAUCACUCAGCAAGCAAGAAAUAAAGGGUUAGGAGGACACCUUACGAGCAGUAAAUUAAAAGAUUGGCUGAUCUCACGACAGCGUUAUUGGGGGACACCUAUUCCAAUAAUUCACUGCCAGAACUGUGGUCCUUUGCCUGUACCUUAUGAGGAAUUACCUGUGCAGUUGCCCAAUAUAACAUCCUUUACAGGAAAGGGCGGCUCGCCUUUGGCCUCACUGUCACACUGGAUAAAUUGCUUGUGUCCAAGAUGCAAGGAGCCUGCAAAGAGGGAAACAGACACCAUGGAUACAUUUGUUGAUUCAGCUUGGUAUUAUUUAAGGUUCACUGAUCCUCACAAUUCUGAGAGGCCGUUUCACAAAGCCUUGGCAGACCAUUGGAUGCCUGUGGAUCUGUACAUUGGAGGGAAGGAGCAUGCUGUGAUGCAUCUGUACUAUGCCAGGUUCUUCAGCCAUUUUUGCCAUAAUCAAAAGAUGACUAAACACAGAGAGCCAUUCUAUAAGCUUUUGGUUCAAGGCCUUAUCAAGAAUCAGACAUUCAGGCUAGCAACUGGCAAGUAUUUGAAGAGAGAAGAAAUUGAUAUUUCAGGUCCUGAGCCCAUUCACAUAACAACCAAAGAGAAACUGCAAGUGAAGUGGGAAAAAAUGAGUAAAUCCAAGCAUAAUGGUAUAGAACCUGAAGACAUAGUCCAGAAAUAUGGAAUUGAUACAAUCCGACUGUAUAUCCUAUUUGCUGCACCUCCAGAGCAAGACGUCUUGUGGGAUGCAAAGACUGAUGCAUUCCCUGGGGUGCAGAGAUGGCAAUCUCGCCUCUGGCACUUAGCAACCAAAUUUAUUGAAGCUAGGAAUUCUGGCACUGUGCCCAAUCCUCAGCUGCUGAAACAGGAAGAGAAAGCUGCAGCCAGACAUAUUUGGGAGCAGAAAAACGUCACUGUCUCCGAGGUAACAGAAUACUUCCUGAAGGAUUAUUUAUUUAAUGCUGCAAUAUCUCGACUGAUGGGCCUCACUAACACGUUGUCUCAAGCCUCCCAACAGAUUAUUCUCCACAGUGCAGAAUUUGAAGAUGCUCUAGCAACUCUUUGUAUUAUGCUUGCCCCAAUGGCCCCGCACAUCAGCUCAGAGAUUUGGAAAGGCUUGUCUCAUGUUCAGAACAAACUCUGUACUCAUCACCACUGGGAUAAGGAGUUGCUGCAGCAGCCCUGGCCUACGCUGGACCCAGAAUACAUCCAGCAGCCAGAUACUGUGGAAGUGUUAGUUCUGAUUAACAACAAACCCUGUGGCAAAGUUGGUGUACCUCAGCAAGUAGCCCGGGAUGCAGAAAUAGUUCGUGAACUGGUUGUUCAGAGUAAGCUGGGGAUGAAAUAUCUUCAAGGACGUACAAUUACAAAGUUCUUCUUGUCUCCUCGAACUGCCCUUAUCAACUUCCUUGUCCAGGAAUAAUGUGAAGAGACAUUUUCUUAGCACUCUGUAACUGGGGCUGCGUAAUUUCAUCAAAACAAGAAGACUUUAUUUCAGAGCAGACAAAUGAAACAUACAUAGGUUAAGCAGGGGAAAGAAUGACCACUUGUCACAUUAAUGAAAAACGUUUGAUGCAACUUAGUUAUCCUUUCUUAUUUAGAAAGGAAGUUAUCUCACUGAUGGUACAGAAGACAGAAAAACAGAAGGAGUUAGAGAAGAAGAAAAAAUGGAAAUGAGUGAACAGCAAAUUGCAUUAAUUUUUUAUUUAUUCAGAUUUUAUAUACUGUCACAAUGGCCACAUGACACUCUGGAUGAUUUACAGCAAUUAAAAACCAUUAAACAAAACAUAAAAAAUCAAUAACAUUUACCAAGUCAGUAAGUAAAACACCAAUUCCUUCAGCAGGAGCACCAAGUGUGUUGACUUCAUGCAAUAACCGGAGUGGACAACAUUUUAUAUAUACAUAACAAUUAAAAUUUUAAAAUUCAUCAAUUAAAAUACCACCCUAAAAUUAGAAUCAAAAAUUAGAAUUAAGGAUUUCAAUAGUUAAAAUAGGCCAAAUAUGAAAAAGUAUUUGCCUGGUGCCAAAAUGUGUACAAAGAAAGUGCCUGGCACACACCUCUGGGAAGCCAGCUCCACAAAUGGAGUGCCAUGACCGAAAAGGCCCUACACUGGUGUUAGUUGACUUCUUAGCAUCCUUUAUAAGUAGCUCUUGAAGUAGGACCUCCAAUGAAGAGCUUAGGGUCUGGAUAGGCUUAUCUCUGUGACUCUGUACAGUUCUACAAGUGUUUUUUUCUGGAAAUCAUGUUCAAGAAUUGGUGUUUAUUUUUUUACAUGUUGACAGAUGUGGCCAAGUGUUGCAAUGUUUGGUGCCUUUCUGAAUUCUCCUUUCUCUUUUCCAAGUGUGGCAUUAAUUUGGAGUGAGAGAACUACAAACUUUAUUCAAAUUCCUGAGCCCCUUUGGUUGGUUGUCCUCUUUUAAAACUCUUUGAAUUAUUGGAAACAAGGUACUCAUGAAAGAAUGUUCUGGUAUUUUCAAGCACAUGGUGUAAUACUGGGCCACAAUAUGAAUAUAAAGAAACCGACCUUUCUUUAA